AUGCUUGCGCCAGUCCCCCGUCGAGCCUGCAGUUCAACCUGCAGCCUCCAAAUCCUGCAAACCGGGGUGCGCUUGGCUUCCACGAACACCGGCACAUUCACCACCAAGUUCUGCACCAGAUCCGCCUCUGUUUGGACCUCGCGCGCUUCUCAUUAUAUAUAUACACCUAUUUCCGGACGAAAAUUCUUUCACUCAACCGCCAGCUGCGCCAACAAACCCUCGUCUCCCGCCGCAGCCGCAACUACAUCCGAGCCGCGCAUCUCCUAUCGGGUUGCCGUGUCCUCAUCGGGAAAAGGCCGACGCUUCCACCCCCUCAAAAAUGCCUAUAAUUUCGAUCCCACCCUCUCCGACGUGAUCGGCGUCUCGAAAGACAAGAGCCCGGUCGCCAGAAGAAAAGCACGACCGGACAGCGGCGAAGAUGCUUUCUUUGUUAGUCGCAUCGGCUCCACCGCCACGGGCCACCUGCCUUCUUCAUCCAGGGAUUCGGAGCCUGUCGCGUUCGCCGUCGCGGACGGUGUUGGCGGUUGGACUGAGAGUCGAGUCGAUCCGGCCGAUUUUUCGCAUGGUUUAUGUGGGUAUAUGGCGCAAACUGCACUAUCUUGGCACGAGCCUGCCGACAAGUUACGGCCAAAGUCGCUUCUUCAAGCGGGAUAUGAUCAAGUUGUUGCGGACCCGUCUGUCAAAGCUGGUGGUAGUACGGCUUCUGUCGGAAUCGCAUUGCCGAACGGAAAGGUCGAAUUGGCUAAUUUGGGUGAUUCGGGCUCGGUAUUACUUCGUCUUGCGGCGGUCCACACCUACUCGACGCCUCAAACGCAUGGAUUUAAUACACCUUACCAACUCAGCAUUAUCCCGCCGAGAAUGCGCGCGCAAGCUUCCGUCUUCGGUGGUGCCUUUUUGGAAGACUUCCCCCGCGAUGCGGCUGUUACGAAUGUCCAGAUGCAGCAUGGUGAUGUCCUCAUGCUUGCGACGGAUGGCGUGUUUGAUAAUCUGAAUAAUCAGGACAUCCUGAAAUUGGUCACUUCGCGCAUGAUCAUGGCGGGAGCCUGGACGGCGCCCGAUAAUGGAGCCGUUGGUGUUUCCGAGAACCUGGGAGCGUUGACGAUGCCUGGUGGACUUGCUUCUGCGUUUCCACCUCAGUCUCCGUCCGCUCCGAAUGCGGAGGAGAUCCAGCGUUUGGAGGAGACGCUUACAUUGCAGUCCUUGGUAGCUGCAUCCAUUUCAGGCGAAGCGAAGCUUGCCAGUGUGGAUUUCCGUCGUGAUGGGCCAUUUGCAAAGGAGGCUCAGCGAUAUUAUCCCGGUGACUACUAUCGCGGGGGUAAGGUCGAUGAUAUUUGCACAUUGAUCCUUGUUGCCGUGGACGAGAAUCUCAAAGAGCACUAG